AUGGCUCGGCUGGGCAACUACCGCGUGAAGCAUUUGCACGAGUCAGAGGUCAGUAUCCUCUCUGUCACCGUGGCUGUGCAACGUGACUUGGUCUUUGGAGGCUACUCCGAUGGCUCCAUAGCAGUGUGGUCCAUGCGUGCAACAGAGGCUGUUUUGGUACUGCAGGGCCACCAGUGCGAUGUCACACGUCUGGUGCUCUUGGCAUGUUAUAUGCAUGUGUGCCCGCAUGGAAUUUGGACACCCGAAGCUGGACACCGGCAGAUUGCAUGGAUUCCCUUAGUAGCAAGAUUUUCUGUGUUUUUCUAG